AUGACUGCCACGACCCAUGGCCAUGUGGAGCGCGUAAUUUACGGCCUCGAGACGGUGGCUGCCGCUGGUGCAAUCACCCGAGCAGGGUUAUGCAAGAUAUGCACAACGCCAACAACCUCGGAAGUCUCGUGCGUGGUCCUCCUAGGUACCAGGUACCCUCGCGCGCCGGCGAUUCAGCAACGAGCCACAGGUCACAGGUACCAGAGGAGCGCGGUGGGUCUUAGCCGAGGUGCCGUUUGCGCGGCCAAUAGGGGGUCCCUUGGCGCAGGCUCGGCAUCGGAAGACUGGAAGCCCGUCCCGUGGGUCCUCCCCCUUGGGCUUGGGGACAGACAAUGCCCAGUCCAACAAUACGACGAUGAAUGGGGGCGAUGGGGGUGA